UGCGGUCCUGCGUUGCGAUUCUACCUUUUCCUGCCUCUUUGGCCUCCGCCGGCCAGGCCUGUCAGGAGCGCCUCUGCAGGGCUGUUCUCUUCUCUCGGCCUCUCCUGCCCCGCGGGCCUUCUCGCUUGGGGCGCUUCGGGUGAGUGUGGGGGGCGGCCCGCGUGGGGCGAGGAAGAGAUACUGGAGGAGGAGGGCGAGGAGGAGGUGGCCCCGAGGGUCCCCGCAAACCGCGCGGCCCAGCAAGCCGGGCAGCCUCUUCCUGGGUUGCCGUCGAGGGACAGCGCCAGCCCAAAGGAAGAGCCCUCUGGACUGAGGGCAUCUUUAAAAUUUCGUGCCUGUGGAGUAGUAUUACCAAGUCUAGAUUCCAUGUCUUUCCUUGUAAGUAAACCAGAACGAAUUAGGAGAUGGAUGUCCGAGAAGUUCAUUUUUGAGGGCUUGAGAGAAUUGGAAUUAUUUGGAGAGCAGCCUCUGGGUGACUCUCGGAGAAAAACCAAUGAAGCAAGCUCAGAAUCAAUAGCAUCUUUCCCAAAAAGGGACAACAUGAGCAGUUAUCUGCCUGAUAAUAACUGCUAUGAGCAAUUGACUACAAUAGGGAAGGGCUUUGAGGAGCUAAUGACUGUGAAUCUGGCACGGUAUAAACCAACAGGAGAGCUUGUCACUGUCCGGAGGAUCAACUUAGAGACCUGCACCAAUGAGAUGGUGGGAUUUUUGCAGGGAGAACUUCAUGUCUCAAAGUUCUUCAGUCACCCCAACCUUGUGCCAUAUAAAGCAGCCUUCAUAGCUGACAAUGAACUGUGGGUUAUUACAUCUUUCAUGGCUUAUGGUUCUGCUAAAGAUUUAAUUAGUACACAUUUUAUGGAUGGGAUGAGUGAACUAGCGAUGGCUUAUAUUCUCCAAGGUGUGUUGAAGGCUCUUGAUUACAUUCACCAUAUGGGAUAUGUUCACAGGAGUGUGAAGGCCAGUCAUGUCCUGAUUUCUGCAGAUGGGAAGGUGUACCUUUCUGGCUUACGCACUAACCUCAGCAUGAUCAGUCAUGGCCAGCGUCUCAAAGUGGUUCACGACUUCCCCAAGUACAGCAUCAAGGUCCUGCCAUGGCUGAGUCCAGAGGUUUUGCAACAGAAUCUUCAAGGCUAUGAUGCAAAAUCUGACAUAUACAGUGUAGGAAUAACUGCUUGUGAACUGGCAAAUGGUCAUGUCCCCUUCAAGGAUAUGCCUGCAACACAGAUGCUCUUGGAGAAGCUCAAUGGCACUGUCCCUUGUCUCCUGGACACAACCACAAUUCCUCCAGAAGAGCUGACCAUGAAACCCUCCCACUCGGGAACUAGCAGUGGGCUUGGGGAUGGCAUGGCAGCCAGCAGUGGCAGGGCCUCUAACGGGGACGCAGCACCACAUCCAUACCAUCGUACAUUUUCACCUGCCUUCCACCACUUUGUGGAGCAGUGCCUGCAGAGGAACCCAGACAUGAGGCCAAGCGCAAGUGCACUGCUGAACCACUCCUUCUUCAAACAGAUCAAACGCCGGGCAUCUGAAGCACUUCCUGAACUGCUGUAUCCAGUUACCCCAAUCACUAGCUUCGAAGGAAUGCAAUCACAAGAUCCUAGUCACAUUUUUGGAUUGGUUUCCAGUCUGGAGCAUCUUGAGAUGGAUGACUGGGAGUUCUAAGCCUCCAACAGAAGGCACCCCGUAGGGUGUAGAACCCCUUCUGGAAAUGUUUUCUAUGGACAUGGUUAAUUUAUUUCUCAUAAAAAUGAUGAAUGUUACAUGGUCGUUUACAUCUCUCUUAGAAAGGAGAAACAAAGGAGCUUACUGUGGGAAGGGAAAAAGGAGGAAAUGUAUGGUAAAGGUGUGGUGCUAGAGACCUCUAUUACAGAUUUAAGGUAUGGCUGCUUUUGCAGUGAACUUCAGUUGAAUUCGUUUCAUUUCAGUUUAAGGAUUUCCCGUAGAACAAGUAGGAGUCUGCUUUUAUACGCACCUGCUACCCACAAAGCAUUCUUGUUCAUUCCGGCACCAGUGAAAAGCUAGUAGUUUUGCAAAACAAAAUGCAAGUUGAAUUUUGACAGAUGUAUUAUCUAUGUUGAACUUCAUCUUCUUUUGUUGUGAUGUCUUUCCCUCGCCCCUUUUUCCUCUACCUACGCAAGAACCAAGGGGCAUGGUAGCUUAAUCUAUGGUGCUAAAAGCUGUUAUCUGUAAGUCAGAGGGGCAAGGAUCAGUAUUUUCUAGCCAAGCCAGCAUUUUCCACAGGUAUUAUUACUGCUCCAGCAAUGGAUCUAUGUAAGGCUGGGUGCUAUGCACUCUUUUCAUUUAAAAACAAAUGUCACCCAUUGCUGCCAGCUGUACUUCUGCCAAAUACCCCAUCAGAGCUUUUUUUGCAUGUUCACUAUAGUUUCUCAUUUGAAAUGAUUUUGUCAGACCUUUUAAGUUUCUGUUUAGUGAAGGUACUUGCUAUUUUCUUAACCAGUUUUAUUUGAGCAUUGAGCCAAUCUCUUUAUGUUUUGCAAGGCUUAUGUACUUUUUUCAGACUGCACUUGAUGAACCAAAACCACAUUUGUCCUUCAGUUUUGUUGCCAAUAAAGAUUUCUGUUCUCUCGGUUGGUGGAA